UUCUAUACCAUUACUAAAAUAACAAAGAAAAAUCGGCGAAAUACAAAAAAAAAAGAUUGUGAAAAAAAUUUCACUACAGAACUACGACAGCAGCGAUAAGCUAGUCCAGAUUACAGCGGGCAAACCAAAUAGAGCUGUGGACGUAAAACACAAUUGCAAACGCACAAAAGGCAAAAAAAAAGAAGGAAAAAUAUAUACGGGCAAUGGUCAUGAAGGAAAGUUGAAAAUAUCAAAACGCAUUUAUCUUUUAGAAAUAGUGAAUCACUAGCAGCAGCCCAUAACUAUCUCCACAGAGUGAAAAUAUUAAAUAUAUAAUAAUAAGAGGACUGUGUGGCAAGUGUUAAAAUGCCUGAAAAUAUACGAACAACUACCCGCAGCUCAUUAAAUGGUGUUAAUAGCAACAAUGCUACCUAUUCCACCUGGGUGGGUUUUAUAUUCAUCUUCAAUUUGAUAGUGGGCACUGGUGCUCUUACUUUGCCCGGUGUUUUUGCUAAAGCUGGCUGGUUUCUUUCCCUGAUUAUAAUCAUUCUAUUGGCCAUUAUAUCCUAUAUAACGGUGACUUUCGUUAUUGAAGCCAUGGCCGCCGCCAAUGCAGUGAAAACGUGGCAAAAUUUACAGGUUCUUAAACGUAGUUACGAUUUUGAUUCCCGCGAAGAUUUACCCUCAGCUUCGGCUUCUGUAGAUGAAGCUGAUUUUGAUACAGAUGAUCCCUCGGCCUCGUUAUUACCACCCAGUCAUGAUGCUACCGCACGUCUGGAACGUAUGCCCCUCUAUGCUCAUGGCUCCACUUUGGUCUACUAUAAACUAGAUGACAAAUUUGAAUUGGGUGAAAUGGCUACAUUGUUUUUCAAUGAUUUCGGUCGAGUAUUCUUUUAUCUCUGCAUUUCUAUUUAUCUGUAUGGUGAUUUGAGCAUUUAUUCAGCUGCUGUUGCCAAAAGUUUGCGUGAUUUGUUUUGUGAUCAUCAAAAUCCCAACAAUUUUACCGAUCAUGAUCUCAAUAUUGAUGCAUUAAAUUUGAUUGCGACCAGUAAUGACACCGAUGAUGCCGUACAACAAUGUUGGAAAACUCAUAAUCUUACACGUCUUGAUGUGUAUCGCUUAUUUCUCGUUGGAUUCACUGUCAUCUUUGGACCAUUUGUUGCAUUUAGUGUACAAAAAACAAAAUAUUUACAAAUUAUUACCGUCAUCUUUAGAUGGUGUGCUUUCAUAUUCAUGAUCUCUAUUGCCUUGAAAUUGCUUAUAACAGAAGGUGCCAAAGGUCAUCCCGUAUCAAUGAAUAUUUAUGGUGUGCCCGCUUUGUUUGGUGCUUGCGUUUAUUCCUUUAUGUGCCAUCAUUCGUUGCCAAGUCUGCUGGCUCCCAUACGUGAUAAACUGGCUGUACGUCGUAUAUUGUGUGCUGAUUACAUAGUGAUCUGUUUGUUUUAUAUAUUGCUGGCCAUGACUGGUAUCUUUGCUUUUGAACGUUUACAAGAUUUGUAUACAUUGAAUUUUAUACCAGACCAAACAGAUGACCACAGUUUUAAGGCCGAACUGCUGGUGGUGAUAGAUUACUUUUUGGCAUUAUUUCCAGUGUUUACUUUAUCGGCCAGUUUUCCUAUUAUAGCCAUAACGUUGCGUAAUAAUUUGCAAACUUUAUUCUUAGAUAUGACACGUUUUGAGUCAUAUAAUUUCUUUGUGAGACGCAUUUCAUUUCCACUUAUGGCGAUAGUGCCACCUUUUACCAUCACUUACUUUACAGAGAAUUUAACUAGUCUAGUGGCAUUUACGGGCAGUUAUGCAGGAGCCGGUAUACAAUAUAUAAUACCAAUUGCUUUGGUAUAUUACGCCCGCAAUACUUGUCGUGAACUGUUGGGCAGUGGUGUGGUCAAUGAUUACCAAAGUCCUUUUCGCAGUAUAUACUGGUUGGCAUUCGUUUUAAUGUGGGCUUUGGGUUGCAUUAGUCUAGUUACUUUAAAUUUCUUUUUAGAUACUAAGUCUUAAAGUUUUUUUCUUCUAAUCUUAAGUAAGUCUUCCUCUAUUUACAGGUUUUUAAACCUUUUUAGAAAAAUGUUAAAAAAAAAAUGUUUUAAUCCUGAAAUAUUUUUAAAAACUGUUCAUGUGCUCAAUUGAAGAAAAAAGCUUAAACAAAUUAAACCCUCCAUUUGAAAUUAUCUCUUAAAUACAAAAUACUUCCUAGAAACAUUUUAUUUUGUUUUUUUUACAUAAAAUGUCAUUAUUAUUAGAUUCUUAAAGUAAAACAUAAUAAAAAUGAAACAAUUUUAAUAGUUUUUAAGAAGCUCAAUUUUAGAUUAUUUUUAUACAUACUUACAUAUUAUAUACAUUAUCUAUAUACUUAUAUAUAUAUAUUUAUAUAUAUCUUUAAAUUUAGUUUUAAAACUAAACAAAGAAAACACAAAUACCUAAAUUAGAACUGAAAACUAACUGAAUUAUUAUAUGGCGUUUCUCCCAAAUGAACCAACCAACCAUAACAUAAAAAUGAAUCAAGCAACUAUUAAAAAUUUUAAAGAAUUUUAUUUUUUAAAGAAUAAAUCCUGUAUAUAUAUUUUUAAAUGUUGAAAAUAUGAAAAAUAAAUAUAUUUUAAAUACAAAAAAUUAC